CCCUCGAGUUCUUCCAUCUAUGUAUGCCGUGGUUACCCUGCGGUAGUACUAACAGGCAAAAGAUAUCAUCUCGCUAACCUCGUGUUUUCCUCCUCGUGCGAAUUACGAGAAAGGGAAGUUUUAAUUGUGAGAAUUCGAAUCGAGCCAGGUCGAGUCGAGAUAGUUCGGCAUUCGUUUUAACGGCCAAUUGUAAAGGCGAAGGUGGGAAAGAUGACGGGAAUCGAGGGAAAACGUGAAAUUCGCCAGGCGGCUUACAAGGAUAAAAGCAAGCCAACGGAUAUUCGUUUUAGCAACAUUAAUGCAGCUAAAGCUGUCAGUUAUGCCAUCAGGACAAGCUUGGGACCCAGGGGAAUGGAUAAAAUGAUUCAAUCUGGCAAUGGUGCAGUUACUAUUACAAACGAUGGAGCCACUAUUUUAAAAGAAAUGAAUGUCAUUCAUCCUGCUGCAAAAAUGUUGGUAGAAUUAUCGAGGGCGCAAGAUGUCGAAGCCGGAGAUGGUACUACUAGUGUCGUUGUGAUUGCCGGAGCUCUUUUAGAAGCGGCUGAACGUUUACUUCAAAAAGAUAUUCAUCCUACUUUAAUUAGCGAUGCUUUUCAAAAGGCAUCUGGAGCAGCCGUAGAUAUUUUGACAAAUAUGGCAGAAACCAUUUCAGUUAGCGAUGACACUUCUAUAAUUAAAGUAGCUGCUACAUCUUUAAAUUCUAAAGUCGUCUCACAGUACUCCAGUCUUUUGGCACCGAUUGCUGUUAAUGCUGUUUUGAAAGUGGUCGAGCCCGUCAAAGAACAAAUCGUAGACUUAAAGGACAUCAAAAUUAUUCAAAAAUUGGGUGGUACCGUCGAGGAUACAAAACUUAUCGACGGUUUAGUUUUUCCACAAAAAUCAUGCAAUGUCAAUGGUCCUAAGCGCAUUGAGAAAGCAAAAAUUGGUCUGAUUCAAUUUUGCAUCUCACCUCCAAAAACUGAUAUGGACCACAAUGUUAUUGUCUCUGAUUACUCAGCGAUGGACAGAGUACUCAAAGAAGAAAGGGCUUACAUUCUUAAUAUUAUUAAACAAAUCAAAAAAGCUGGCUGCAAUGUUCUACUCGUACAGAAAUCUAUUCUCCGAGAUGCCCUUAGCGAUUUAGCAAUUCAUUUCCUCGAUAAGAUCAAGUGCAUGGUUAUUAAAGAUAUCGAAAGAGAGGAUAUUCCGUUCAUUUGUAAGACAUUGGGUUGUCGACCAAUUGCUUCAGUCGAUCAUUUUGUUGCUGAAAAUCUCGUCAGUGCCGAGCUUUGCGAAGAAACUCAAAUUGGCAACUCUAAAUUUGUUAUGAUUACAGGAGCGCAAAAUCAAGGUAAAACAGUGACAAUUAUUGUCCGUGGCAGUAACAAGCUCGUCCUUGAAGAGGCUGAAAGAUCUCUGCAUGAUGCGCUGUGCGUAAGUCGUUGUUUGGUCAGAGAUAAUCAUGUUCUCCCUGGUGGUGGAGCGCCGGAAAUUCGAUUAUCCAUAGAACUCGAAGCCAUGUCAAGGAUAAUGACUGGAGUUUAUUCUUAUUGCUUUAAAGCUUAUGCUAAUGCUCUCGAGGUUAUCCCAUUAACGCUUGCGGAGAAUGCGGGUUUAAAUCCAAUUUCGACUAUUACAAAACUGAGAAAGUUCCAUACAGGCACUAUAAAGGAUAUGGGUAUAAACGUGCGCAAGGGUUCGAUUACGCAAAUGUUUGAAGAAAAUGUGAUGCAACCGUUACUUGUUUCAGUAAGUGCUAUAAAUCUUGCAACCGAGACAGUCUGCAGCAUUUUGAAGAUCGACGACAUUAUCAGUACAAGACAGUAAAUUUUAAUAUUAACGUUGUUUAAACGACACCAAGGUCUUUAAGAUUGAUUGGUAUGCCUUUAACUCUGAGACAUAAAUUGCAUAAUAGAAUUGCCUGUGAAGCUCAUAUGAAUAAAAUAUCGUAAAAAGUUAAAAUUACUAAAUAUUUAUAAAAUAUAUUGCAUAUAGUUUAGAAAAUCUAAUUAACGUUAGCCAGGAUUUUCAUGUAAUAUAUAAGCUUGGUAAUUUUAACUUAAAGUACACAUGUGACCGCAUUUCUCAUAU